UUCAGUUUAAAAAGAAAAAUCCAGUAUGUCUGACUUUUCAGGAUUUAAAGAAUCAUAUAUGAGUCCCAAUGCACAGUCGUCAAAUUCGGAUACUGUAUCAGGUACAUCCAAUUCAGUGUCACCUGUGCCUGAUUAUUCGAAGCAAAACUCGUUGAAUGUCCCCAGUAUUAAGAUAAAGAAAGAGCUGUCGCCAAGUAAUGAUGUUUUAAGCAAAUCAUUGGACAUUAAGAAACAGUUGUCGCAAUCGUUUGGAGGCGGAGGAGGACCCUCUGGGGGCAUUUCCAAACCGCAGUCAAGAAAGAAUUCUAUUAUCCCAAUGAAAUCAAAUAACGCUAGUGAUAAUGAAGAUAACGAUGAAGAUGAAACCCAAGGAAACGAACGUAAAAGAAGAGAUAACAUUAAUGAAAAAAUUCAAGAGUUAUUGACUUUAAUACCUGCUGAAUUUUUCCAAGAAUCUGCUCAAGAAACGAAAAAUACUCAAAAUGAAGCAGAAAAUGAUAAUGAUGCUGCUAUAGCGGCAGCGAUGAAGAAUUCAGGUACAAAAGAUGGAAAACCAAAUAAAGGUCAAAUUUUAACCAAGUCUGUUGAAUAUUUACAAUAUUUGCAAAAUUUAAUUGAUGAAAAUAACCAUCGAGAAGUUGAAUUGCAAGCUAAACUCAAAGCUUUAACACUACAAGAGCAAGGAAGCCAGGCAUCUUCACCAGCUCCUGACCACACAAGUGCAGAAUAUGCUCUUGGUAAAAUCGGUGUUGGUCCUUUAUGCGAUGAUUAUUACAAGCAAGUCUUGGUUAGCAGUGCCGGCACCAAUAAAUCAGGCCAAAGAAGAGCUAGUUUGAUUUAGACAGUUUAACUGUGCUUGUAUUUUUUACGUUUUGCAUGACAAUCAACGAUUCUCUUAAUUGCGGUUGGGUUUACUAUUUAAUAUAAUUUCAAUUCUUCUUUAUUGUAUAAUCCUCUCUAUAGUUUACAUUUUUAACUUCAUUUUUAACACCAAUCUUACCAAUUUAUACUACUAAC